AGGGCAGUGCUCCUGCGCAGAGGAGGCCCGGAGGGGCUGCGAGACCCUAAUAGCAAAGAACUGGGAACUCGGGGACUCGGCCGGCGAUCCCCGGGCGGGGGUCAGAGGAGGAGGAAUGUGGGGCGGAAAUGGUCGCCCUGGGGCGAGACAAGGCUGAGAGCUGUAGGACCGAGAGAGACUCCCGAUCCUGGCAGACAGGAGACCUGGGUUGUGGUCUGCGCUCUGCCGCGGACUCGCCGGAUCCUGUUUUCCCCGCCGAACAGUUGAGAAAGUUUCUGGUCGGAGUCCCCACGCAGCCCCUGUCUGGCUGGGUGUCUCGCUGGAUUGAGAUCUCCCUUGAGAUCCGCGCAUCGCAGCCGACGAGCACCGGAUUCUGGGACCCUCAAACUGGUCAAUAGUUUUUGGCCCGGGCGCCCUGGGAUGGCAACGCCUACGGCCGGGGUCGGAUCGUGACUGUCCCUCUUGGAGUCCCCGGCAGGACUCCAGCCAGAAUUGAGGCACUAGCAGGCGUGUAAAGCUGGUCCUGAUUCAGCACUGCUGGAUUCAAUUCAAGCCCAGUGAUAGAAGAGCCUCCCUGAGCUUGUGGUAGCCAUACCUGCCAAUCAUCUUCCCAAGGGCUGAGACUCCAGAGUGAGUCCUCAAGGACUGCUUUCAGGACUCACAGAAACCUCCACCCUGGUGAUGGCACACAGGGACUAUUUUCUUGUUCUUAGUCUGAACAACUGCCAAGAAGGAGGGCAACGAUAGAACAGUCAAAUCCCAGGCUCUCCCCAUAGCUUCUAAUCUCAGACCUUGUUAAACUCCUUUCUGAGCCCAAGGACAAAAGUCACUUGAACAAAUGAGUUUGAGUCAUGAAUGAAAACUCUCACUCUUUCCAUAAGAAAGAAAGAAGAGAUGGACAGGUUGGAAGUGUAUCUGCUGGGUGCGCUCCACCACCUGACAAGGACGGCAGUGCUGUUCUGGCUUUCAGAGGAAUUUCUAUCUCAGAGUUGAAGAACCACAGCGUCCUCCAGGCCCUGACAGCAGAGGCGAACGGCUGGGAGCCCAGUGUUGUGAGUACAGAAGUCCUUCAAGCCCAAGAAGAAUGGGAAGCUGUGGACAGCAUCCACCCAGAGACAGGGAGCCGGGCCAGCAUGGACCAGCCUGGGCAGCUCAUCUCCUUCAGUGAGGCCCUGCAGCAUUUCCAGACAGUGGACCUCUCCUCCUUCAAGUUUUUUAGCUUGGAGGCAUCUGGGAUCUUAGCUCACCAUUUAGGGAUCAAACACCCCAACCAGGACCCACACCCCCUGCAAUGGAAGAAAAGAAUCCAGCCCACCAUCCGAAGGACCGGGCUCGCUGCCCUCCGGCACUGCCUCUUCGGGCCUCCGAAGCUCCACCAGGGCCUCCGUGAAGAAAGGGACUUGGUCUUGACCAUUGCUCAGUGUGGCCUGGAUAGCCAAGACCCCAUGCAUGGCCGAGUCCUCCAGACCAUCUAUAAGAAGCUGACUGGCUCCAAGUUUGACUGUGCCCUCCAUGGAGACCACUGGGAAGAUCUGGGCUUUCAGGGAACAAAUCCAGCCACAGACCUCAGAGGAGCAGGCUUCCUUGCCCUCCUGCAUCUCCUGUACCUGGUGAUGGACUCAAAGACUUUGCUGAUGGCCCGGGAGAUUCUCCGCCUGUCUCGUCAUCAUAUCCAGCAAUUCCCCUUCUGUUUGAUGUCUGUGAAUAUCACGCGUAUCGCCAUCCAGGCCUUAAGGGAGGAGUGUCUCUCCAGGGAGUGUAACCGGCAGCAGAAAGUGAUCCCCGUGGUGAACAGCUUCUAUGCCGCCACCUUCCUCCGCCUGGCGCACGUCUGGAGGACACAGCACAAGACCAUCUCAGACUCGGGCUUUGUCCUCAAGGAUUUGGAGGCGUCGGCCAAGAAGAGCCCCAAACGGCUGCUCAAAACCCUGGAGAUCUACUUGGCUGGAGUGUCAAAGGGACAGGCCUCCCUGUUGGGGACGCAGAAGUGCUCUGGGCCACAGGCCCCUCACUCCAAGGAUCUCACUUUCACGGGCGUGUGUGACCUGUCAUCACACUCGUCCGAAGGCACGUGGCUGAUCUGACCAACCCCGGUGGCCACCGGCCAGGAAGCCUUGGAGGGGCUUUCAGAGGGCGGACCCUAGCUGGGCCUCGCCCCUUCCGGUCCUAGCCCAAGGAAUGUAGGACGCCCCUGGGCCUGGUGGGUGGAGCCAGGGGCCCUCACCUGCUUGAGACAUCAGGAGCCAUUAGAUUAGACUCACUCUCUGGAGCCCUGUUUUCAGGGCGAGGAGAGCUUUGCUUUAUUACUAGUUGGGCGACAGCUUCCAUAGUCGGAUUCCAGGUAAUAUCAGUGACAGCGAAUGGAUCAUCAGGAGGGAGACCCCAUAUGCAUGUUCCACACAGUCCUCCAUCAAAGAUGCUCCCAAGUAGAAGCGCCAGUGGGUCUUUCAGGCCCUGGAGUCCACAGGACAGGGACCAGACGGGGGCUGAGUAGUUAGAAUGUGAAGGGAGAGGGUAGUCGCAGCAGCCGCCAACAGGGGGCGGUGUGAGCUAAGAGUGCAUGCUUUUUCUGGUCUGGCGCUCACCCCACCCUCAUCUCUCCCCAUCCCUCCUCCCACUGUUCGUGAUAGGGAACCAGGCCGCAGCUGGGCUCCCCUCAUGUCCCAUCAGGGCUGGUUUUCUGGCGUGGUUGAAGGAAGGAGGAAAUUCACACACCAGCAGUUUUUGAAUAAAAUAAUAAUUCUAGGUUUAGGA